AAACUCUGGAAUAGCCUGCUGCUCAUGUGAUAUUGCUUAUAUAGUACAUUGUUUCCAGAAUGAAUGGAAUGAGAAUGUUCCCAGACCUUAUUUUUAUAUAACUAUAUUACAUUGAGGACAUUUUGGGCUUUGGCUAUGUAUGGAGCACCAUUAGGUGGCAAAAAUAUGUUUUUUUUCCAGUGUACAAUUUGAAUUUUGUUGAGAAACCUUAAAUUCAUCAAAGUCCAAUUUAUAAAUUCAUUAGGUCCAAACGGAUUUGAAUGCAUUAUGAUGGUUAAAGAUGUUUGUGAAUGUCCAUCUUAAUAGCUGGCAGUUAAAUCACAACCUGUCCUUCUCCUUAUUUUCUCAACUGAAAGGCAAACCAAGGUAACCAGGCCUAACGAUUCAGCUGUUCGCCACACUCAUCCUAGCCAUCAGCACUGUACUAUAUUUACCAGCUUCCUGGGUUACACAAGCCCACCACGGGGUGUGCACAAGCCCUCGACCCCUUCCUCUGUCCUCCGGAUAAGCUGGGUUCUCUGUUCCUGCCAUAGUAAACACACAAAAAGCAUGGUGCACAGACCACCGCUGUGGGAACAAACAAGGGGAGGGUCACAUGUGAGACCCGAACGACAGCAGCAGACUGUUCUAGGUAACUGGAAUGUACACAGCGACCUCAUGGCAAACUCCAAACUUGAGACCUCGUGUCUGUCUCCACGUAACUUUGGACUGUGCCGUCUUUGAAAGAGAAACUUUGGAGAAAUGUAUUUGCUUUUAUCCUGCUGAACUGUGCCUGAUUCUCUUUGGAACUUGAGCGUGAAGAACAAGCAGCAUGGCUAGUACAUCAACAGAGGUCUUUCCAUUCAAGGACCAAGAACUCUCCACACAGCUCCUGUUUCAGCUGAACAUACUUAGACAGGAGCAGAUUUUUACUGAUGUGAUUUUGUGCACAGAAGACAAGGAGAUACCAUGUCACAGAAACGUCUUAGUUUCCAGCAGCCCGUAUUUUAGAGCCAUGUUCUGCAGCAACUUUCGGGAGAGCAGCCAAGCCAGAGUGGACCUAAAGGGGAUUGCAUCAGAAGUCAUCGAAUGUGUUGUGGAUUACAUUUAUACUGGUUCCAUCACCAUAACUAUGGAGCUUGUGCUGCCUCUAAUGCAGGCGGCCUCCAUGCUGCAGUAUGGGAGACUCUUUGAGGCUUGCUCGACUUUUCUGCAGGAGCAGCUUAAUCCAGAAAACUGCUUGAGCAUGAUCCGGCUCUCAGAGAUCCUUCAUUGCGAAACCCUUAAGGAGAGAGCCAAAGAAAUGGCCGUGCGCUGUUUCUCAGAUGUAGCUGCUUCUGAGGACUUCUGCGAACUUACCCUUCCCGAGCUAAUGUGCUACCUAGAGGACGACCGACUGUGCGCUGAGGAAGAGCAGGUUUUCGAGACAUUGCUUGCUUGGAUCCAUCAUGACCCCUUCUCCCGCAGAGGAGCCAUACAUGACCUCUUUAAGAAGGUCCGGUUGAGGUUCAUCCACCCAACGUACCUCUUCCAGUUUAUCGCCAAUGAUCCACUUGUCCAGUCAUCUACGCUCUGCACCGAGAUCAUCGAGUCUGUCCGACGUCUUAUGUUUUCUGUUAGUGCCAAAUGUACCAAAGAACUGAAGCCUCUAUGGACCACACCACGUCGUUAUACAUGCCGAGAGACUCUGGUUGUGGUUGGAGGUCGCAAAAACAACGAACAGACUUCUCGAGAGGCACUUCUCUAUGACGAACGAACUCAACGGUGGCAGUGGCUUGCUAAGCUACCUUUGAGACUUUACAAGGCGGCGUAUGUUUGUAUUCACAGCAUUCUGUAUGUGGUGGGAGGCCUCAGUCUUAGUUUGGUAUCUGGAGAUAGUGCAGUUAGUGCCACAGUGUAUACCCUCUCAUUGAAGACCAACCAAUGGAGGACUGCCGAACCAAUGCUGGAGCCACGGUAUGCCCAUCAGUGUGUCUCCUACCUUCACUUUAUCUUCGCUCUUGGUGGAAUCGGGCAAGAUAAGCAGAUAUCAAAUACAGUGGAGCGCUACAACAGCAUGUUCAAUCAAUGGGAGGUCAUGGCACCAAUGCCCACAGCAGUCUUACAUCCUGCGGUAGCAGCCAAUGAUCAGAGGAUUUACGUGUUUGGUGGCGAAGAUGCCUUGCAGAAUCCAGUGAGAUUAAUACAGGUUUAUCACAUUUCCCGCAACUUGUGGUCUAGACUGGAAACCAGGACGGUGAAGAAUGUUUGUGCACCUGCUGCUGUGAUAGAAGACAAGAUUUAUAUUGUUGGUGGAUACACAAGAAGAGUGAUCGCCUAUGACACCAAAGCAAACAAAUUUGUGAAGUGCACGAACAUGAAGGAGAGAAGGAUGCACCACGCAGCCACAGUCAUCAACAACAAACUCUACGUGACCGGAGGUCGUUUUCUCAACAGUCAUGAUGUUAUUGAGGACUCUGACUGUUUUGAGUGCUAUGACCCUAAAACCGACGUCUGGACUUCCAAAGGGUCUUUACCAUAUAAACUGUUUGAUCACGGUUCGCUACCGCUGAUCUGCGUCUCCAACCGCCCCAACCCACCAUGACUGCAAAAAAUCUCUUGCUUGGGCGUCCCGUUCGCUCCCUUGCUCAUUAAGAAAAAUGAGAAAUAUGGGGCCACAGCUGAGACUGGAAACCAUCUGAGGAAGCUCAAAUUCAUUUGUGGGUUGAGUACAUUUCAUCUGUGGCUUUGAUGGUAUGCUGCUGGUGCUCGCCAGCAUCUGUGCCGUCGUAAAUCAAACGAGAUUUGAGCUGGCAAUCACAAGUGUCACAGUGGACCUCAGGGAUUGUGCCUAGGACCUCAGAGCAAAACGGCAGACUUAUGCAAUGCACAGCUGUCCCUGAAGAACUGUGACCCAAAAAUCUUCAGACAGAUGUUGCUCAUCAUGAUCUCCCUCUCCCAGAACGUCUUGAGCUGACAGAUUUUAGUCAAUGGCUCCUUGUUAGCCUGAAUUUAAUUGGAAUCCAGGAGAUGUGACAAUCUUUUAGCCGGUGUUAAAUCUACAAGCAUAUGGACAUGACGUGACUGUUUGAUGAAGUAAUUGGUCAAGUGAAGAAAGCAUUCCUGGAGAGCUAUGGCAUGUGGUCACUUCUAUGUAAUUAACGAAGGCCAAAAACAAACCUAAUGAAUCAUGAAAUGCUUGAUGUACCAUGUACACUAAAAGUAUGUGGACACCUGCUUCUAAUUAACAGGCUUUACUAUUUCAGCUACACACAUUGGGAACAGAUGCAUAAAAUCAAGCAUACAGACAGACAACCUGCUAAGUGAUCGUUUUCAUUCUGUUCCAGACAAAAUGCAGUCGACGCUGAAAAACAUAAGUUAACAAUAGUUUUGUUCGUACAAGAAUGAUCAAUGAGACCUACAGCAAAAUCCUGGUUAAGGACUAAAGCACUACCAACUUUGCAACUGUUUUUAAACAAUACCAGAUAAACAUUUAAAGACAGACCUGUUGUGAGCUCUGUGGUUGUACAUCGAUUGUAUAUGCUUGUCAUAAAAUUAUCUAUUUGCAUUUAUUAAACUUAUUUUUAAAACA